AUGGCCAAGAAGAAGGUGAAGCAGGCGGUCGGUGAAGACGAGGCUGGGAUUGGAAGCCGGCCAUCAGUGCCUGGUCCUGCAGCGCACCAGGCCCAGUCGUCGCCAAGUCCAAAUUCAAGGCACAAAUCUACAACUCCCGACGCGGCUCAUUCGACAGCAGCUCCAACGGGGCUUGCGAUAUGUCGCAAUAAGUAUGUACAUUGGCGCCAUAUUUCUUCCUAUCACGGGCCAUGGCUGCAAAUGCCGUACGAGAUACUGGAGACUAUUGCCAAUAUCAACUACAAUACGCCAUUGCCGCGGCCCCUCGAUGCUGCCUCAUUCUUUGACCUUGUCAAGGCACGACGGUUGGUCGACGAAGCUACCAAUCUUGCUGUGAGGGCUGCUAGUGACAUCGCCUCGCCAACACUGACCAGCGUUAAUGGUGGCUUUCCGGGUAUAUCUUCGAUGAUGUCUCACGGAACGGGCACUGCAGGCCAUGGCGGGAAACUAAGCAGAGAGCGCAAAUUCAAGAUGAGAGAGCAGGCGAGCCAGAAGCUAGCGCGCGCAUAUCGCUUGGACGAAAUCGUCUGCAGUGUUGCGACUAUGCAAGGCGCGUCGCCGCUUGAAGAUGUGGGCAAUCUCGUUUUACAGCGUAAUCCCAGGGAUCCUGACGCCAAAUAUGUCCACUUUUUCCAUGAAAAGAUUCCAUCGAGGAAAAUGGCUGAAAGCACGAGUUUGGAGCCUCUGACAGAGAUUAUCGGGGAUCGUCCAGGAGAACCAGAGGUGCUGCGAACACGUGCGACGGUAAAGGUGUUCCAAAACGAUUUAGAAGGCGCAGUCUUCGAUCUCACCCAUGCCUUGUCUAUAUCCCAGUUCAUCCGCAAAUCUCACCAACCCAAACAGGAGGAUACGCAAAUCGUAGACUCGCAACGCACCGCCGCUAGGAGACGGCCUCAUGAUGUCAUUUUGCCGGAAAAAGACCAACCAAGCAGCCUUGAGGCUCAAUUAUACUUCCAACGGGCAUCAGUAUAUCUGACACUCGCUUCUGAUAAUGCUGUGGACAGCAUGCCACCACCACCAUCGAACCAAUCCAACGAAAAUCCAGCGAUUGCAAACGAGCGAGGUGGGGAGGCAAAGGCAGAGGCCAGCGACCCAGGCAAAGAGAUAUCCCGAAAGCAGGUUGAGUCACGGAAAAUGGCCAAAACCUAUGCCAAACGGGCCAUCAAGGAUUACUUGUCCUUCUUUUCGAACAUACACUAUUCGCCAAACCUCCCAGCCAAAAUAGCCAAGGAGUUCAACGACCGCGUCAGCAUGGUCAUGCACGGCAUCCGCAGUUCCAGAGCCCUUGAUACAAGCAGUUGGACAACAUCACACACGGUUUACUCCUUGCCUGAUCUUUUUCGCUCUGUUCCCCCGACAGACCUUCCGCCGUAUCCAGCUCAAGAUCUAGUCAAGCAAGGUGUGCAACAGCCGCUAGACGAAACCGCAUGUGAAUGGGUGACGUAUCAUCCGCUGCUCAGCGACGCUUUGCACUCUCUUCUCUUGGCCCACUGUCUCGCCCAAACCUCCACCAAAGAAAUUCAGCGACACGCUUACAUGGUUGCUCGUCUUAUCAGGCUAUCCGACGGAUAUCCCUUGUUUCAAGCGAACAGGUCGUCUGCCCGAGCCGAUUGGACCGAGCUGGUUCAUUGUGCCGGCAAUUGGUUACAACUCAGUUCUUCGUGGGACAACUUGUGCCAACCUGCGCCACUACCUGCCUACCUUGAAGACCCGUGUAAACACCAUUGUGCCAAGCACGGCGGUAGCCACAAAAAGACUCAUCCACAUUCUGAGAGGUCCAUAGCAGCCUCGGCUGCGGCAGCGCUCGUCGGUGGAGGCACUUUUGACGCUACCGCCGCCGCUGCUGAAGAAGAGCAGCGUCGAAAGGAGCUGAUCCGCGAGCAGGCUAUAGCAGAUACUCUCGACGAUGAGCGCGUUACUGACGAGACUUCAUUCCGAGCAGCCGUUAGAGCUCGCGAGAAACGAGCUCAACAAAACGACGCUUUAUUCUCUGCGAACAUGCCCAACGGCACUUUCAUUACCAUUCACCCAGGUCCGGGUUUGAGCAUGAAUACUACAACUAGCACCAAUAGCGCCCGUGGCACAAGCGGCUCAAAUGGUACGAGGAACGGAUACAGAGCUAUAAAGGAGACUGAUCUCGAACCCGUUCCAUCGCAAAGCUGGUCUGCCGAAGAUGGCAAAGAAUACACCCUCACGACCGAACGAGCCAAUGCAAUUGCACGAUGGGUCCAGGAGGCUCCUGUUGUUACCGGCAUGACAAAGCGCAAGAAGCGGACCAAGAAGACGGACGGCAGUACCAGCGCAAAAGCUGAUGAAGCUGAAAAGGGCAUUCAGAAGCUGGAGAUUUAA